AAACCAUGCGUUGCUUCGCCUUCGCCGGCGCAUAUGCUCUCAAUCUCUCUCCGUCCCUUGAUCUCAGCCGCCGCCUCUGCUGCCGGAAACUCGGUGCCAUUCCCCGGAGCUCGCUCAUGACCUCAGUUUCGUCUCGAUCUCCGCCGUGUGAACUCGUCGGCGGUGAUGGCGGCGCCAUCACGGUAGAGGAGUGGCAAGGGUGGGGUCCGGUGUCUCCAUUUCCCGCCGCGAUCAAGCAGAUUGUGGAGGAUUUAAAGGUUUUGGAGUGUAAAACGGAUUCGGAAAUGGAGUUCGGUGGAAAUGGUGGCAAGUUACAGGGGCCUUUUGGCAUGUAUGAGGAUAAGAAACAUAGGGCUACGUAUGAAGCAUUAGGUGACCCAGAGAAAAAGUUCCGAUUUUUCGCGGCCCGACAAAUAGCUUGCCGGCUUCUUGGGAGCAGAGGCUACUUAUGCCAGAAGUGUUGGCUUGCUAUGGAGGAUUGUAUGUGCUCUAAGGUUAAGCCUUGUGAUUUAUGGAAACGUAUACGCUUUUGGUUGUACAUGCAUCCUAAGGAUUUUCUUCGGCAAAACAACACAGGGAAGUUAUUGUGGCAGAUUUUCGGCGUGCAAUCUGCUACAUUGUGUCUCUUUGGCAUUGCAGAAGAUGAGGAGAUCAUGUGGAAUGAAUUCAAGCGUGCAGGGAAAAAUCGCGUUUGGUGUCUUUACCCGAACCAGAAUUCUGUCUCAAUGUCGGUUGAAGAUGUUUUCGGCAAUGCCACUUCAGAGAGUUUGGAAAAUGAGUCGUCCAUGACAAAUGGAGAUAAAACUUUAAAUUUCAUUCUGCUUGACGGUACGUGGAACAAUUCUGCUGCGAUGUUCAAGCGUUUGAAGGAUCAUGCAAAGUUGAUCUGGGAUGAAGAUGAUCUUCCUUGCAUUUCUCUUGCAGCAGGUGCAUCGGCAAUGCAUAAGCUCCGGCCACAACCAUCAUGGGACAGAACUUGCACGGCGGCAGCAGCCAUUGGACUUCUGUCUGAGCUGACCCUUCUCCCGCAUUUUAGCGCGUACGGGUUAGACAAGCAAUCCGAGACAGUCGAGGAGGCUUUGGUGAUAUUGCUGGAAUCACUAACAGCUCGGCGUGUAAGAAUGGGCAGGUCCAUCAAUCGUAAAGUGCGGAACAGCGUUAAACGUUGAGCCAGAUCUGUCUGAGAUCCGACAUAAUACGAUUUGAAAAUGGCUGAGAUAAACACGGAAUUUGAUAGAAUCAUAUGACGGUUUUGGACAGAAAUGUGGGAGAGGAGAAGGAUUCAUCACUGUGUUUAUCAGGCAGAGCAGAGCAGCAGACAAGAACAGUCUAUCCCUUGAUGCAUCCAAACCGCAUGCUUUAUAUGUUUUAGGUUAACUUCACGUCCAAGGUAUCUGAAAAUGUUUUGUCCAAUUCUCUUCACCUCAUUUAAACUCCAUGACUUAGGUUAUUAAAUUUCGUAUUUUAAAUAUAGAAAAUUUUGUCA